AUGGACUCGGACGAAGAAUCCUUGCCAAAAGUUUACUGGCGUGACUAUACCAUUGCCAGCAGGAAACUUUUGUGGCCAGAAGUGGUCCACGAUUAUAAGGAUUUAGCUCCUGAUGAAGGCGUAGCGAAACUGCUUCGAGGAGAUGCCUUCGACAACAUAAGUGCUGAUGAUGUGAAUGACCUGAUAGAUGCCCACUCACAACCGUUGACGGACGAGGAUCUGACGGAGAUGACAAAAUUAGCAAGCGAGAAAGAGGAACAAGAGGAACUAGUGGCUGAAGAAUAA